CCUGCACCCCAACCACAGCCCAUGCUCACUGAGCCAGCUCCACAAACCAUGAGGCUGACACUGACACUGACACUGCUGCUGCUGGGAGCCUGGGGCAUCCCAGGGGGCCUUGGAGACAGGCCUCCACUCACAGCCACUGCCCCGCAGCUGGACGAUGAGGAGAAGUACUCAGCUCAUAUGCCUGCUCACCUGCGCUGUGAUGCCUGCAGGGCGGUGGCCUACCAGAUGUGGCAACAUUUGGCAAAGGCAGAGGCCAAGCUUCACACCCGGGACUCAGGAGGGCAGCAGGAGCUGAGUGAAUCAGUAUACACAGACAUCCUGGACCGGAGCUGCUCCCAGGCCUGGCAGGGCUACGGGGUCCGAGAAGUGAACCAGGUGAAACGUCUCACGGGCCCAGGACUCAGCAAGGGGCCAGAGCCAAACAUCAGCGUGAUGAUCACAGGAGGCCCCUGGCCCACCAGGCUCUCCAUGACAUGUUUGCACUACCUGGGGGAGUUUGGAGAAGACCAGAUCUACAAAGCCCACCAACAAGGCCGAGAGGCUCUGGAGGCGUUGCUGUGUGGAGGCCCCCAGGGGGCCUGCUCAGAGGAGGCACCUGUCACGAAGAAGACAGAGCUCUAGUCCAACUGCUCCUUCCCCUUCCUGGUCAGCCCCUGAAGGGAGCUGGGCUUCCUCUGGAUCUGUCCUACUCCUUUGUGCAGGCUGCCUGGAGGGCAGGGAGGCCAUGCUUUUCUGUGCUGCCAUGGCCACCACCCCCCUCCUCAGGCUUUAGAACACUGGGGCCUGGUGUGUGUGAGGCGAGGCCUUCCCUUCUGGACUCAAAUAAAACCCAGUGACCUCCA